AUGGAAAGAGAAAGUAGUUCAGAUAAUGAGCCCCAGGUGGAGGCCAAUUUAACGACUGAAGGUGCAUCGAGUAGUAACUUCGAUCAAACAUGGGACGAAUACCAAGAAUGGAGGAGGCAAGAUAACACAUAUUUGGAUCACAUGGCCAUUCUAUUGGCUGCCGUAGAAGAGGAGGAAUCUACAGAGCAAGUGGUUGAGCGAAUGCUGCAGCAUAACAUUGGCUUACGCGGACGAGAGUAUAUAGUCGCAAUCCUUAAUGGACAUCCCAAGAAUUGUAGAAAUAUGUUCCGAAUGGAAGUUUAUGGAUUUCAAGCGUUAUGCAAUACAUUACGCACGGAUUCCAUUCUGGAAUCGACAAGAGAGGUUUCCGUAGAGAAAGCCGUUGCAAUGUUUGCAUUUACUGUCGGACAUGGGACAGUUCAGCGAGUCACAGUGAUGCAAGCACUAUGUCGCCUUGCACCCCAGGUGAUUGCACCUACACAUGUUGAUGGGGUGGCUCCUUAUAUUGAAGGCAAUCCCAGACAUUAUCCAUGGUUUGAGAAAUGUUAUGGAGCAAUUGACGGGACUUAUAUCGACGCAUGGGCGCCCGCCGAGGCAACUAAUGCUUAUAUAUCUUGGCAUCACCGAGUUAGCCAAAAUGUGCUGGCAGCUUGUGAUUUUGAUAUGAGAUUCACGUACAUAUAUGCUGGGUGGGAGGGCACUGCUCAUGAUGCGCGCAUAUUUAUGGAUGCAUUGACUCGUCCAGGGAUCAAUUUUCCAUGGCCUCCUGAGGGUUAUUAUUACUUAGUAGAUUCCGCCUAUCCAUGUACUCAGGGAUUUUUGCCCCCAUAUCCUAGGGUGCGAUAUCACAGGUCUGAGCGUCACGGCAACCGCUCAUUUCAUGGAUAUCAGGAUUAUUUCAAUUACUGGCAUUCUUCCCUCCGGAAUGUUAUUGAGCGGAGUUUCGGUGUGUUGAAAAAACGAUUUCGAAUUUUGCGAUCAAUGAACCCAUACAAGCCAACAAAUCAACGAUAUAUUGUUGUAGCAUGUUGUGUCAUACACAACAUUAUUCGCACGAUUACACCUGAUGAUCACAUUUUUCGUCAAUUUAGCAAUCCAAAUCAUUAUGAAGGCCAGACAAAUGUAGAUAACCCGAAUCAUAUAUUACAUACUCCUGACAUGUCAUCUGGGGCGGCACAAGCCAUGGCUGCAACCAGUGAAUCUAUCGCACAACCGAUGUGGGCACAUAGGAGUGCAAAUUGA